AUGGAGCUGGGGAAGGCGAAGCUUCUGAGAACUGGCCUCAACGCGUUGCACCAAGCCAUUCACCCGGUGCAUGGGAUUGCCUGGACUGAUGGGAAGCAGGUGAUCCUGACCUCUCUACACCUCCACCACGGGGAGCCCAAGUUCGGCGACUCGAGCGUCGUGGGUCAGUUUGAACACGUCCAUGGGCUCUACUGGGGCCCGUGUCCCCCAGAGGGGCCGGCGCUGCUCGCGGUCCAGCACAAGAAGCACAUCACCAUCUGGCAGCUCUGCUUCAGUGCUACUGAAAGGAACAAGCUCUUGGUCUCCCAGAUCUGCGAGGUCAGCGAGCCCUUCCCGGUGCUCCCGCAGGGCUGUGUGUGGCACCCCAGGAAGGAGAUCCUGGCUGUGCUGACGACACGGGACGCUUCUGUCCUGCACUCGGUUCACCUCAACAACUCCAGGAUCAAAGCAGAUAUCAAGGGCAGUGGUCUCAUCCACUGUGCCUGUUGGACAAAGGAAGGCAACCGCUUGGUAGUGGGGGUUGGCAGUGCCCUUCAUUCUUACGUUUGGGAUGAUGCUCAGAAAACACUCAACGCCUGCUCUUUUUGCCCCAUCUUUGAUGUGGGAGGCUACAUCUGUGCCGUGGAAGCUACUCUCAAUUUCCAAGUUGCUGUGGCCACCGAGCUUCCUCUGGACAAGAUCUGUGGCUUAAACGCUGGUGUUGCCUUUGAAGUCCCAGCAGGCACCGAGACAGAGUCCUUGCUCUCACAGUCCAGCUUAUGUGGUGAGGAGGAGUAUUCCAUGGAUGGGGGGAAAAAGACACUGGACCCUGAGAAGCCCUUGUCCGUUGUGACAUCCCCUGUGGAUCUAACUCACAUCCUUUCUAGCAAGCAGGGUGCUGAUUCCAGUCCUCUUCUUCACCUGAGGCCCAAGGACUACCUAACAGGAAGUGGCCAAGAUUCUUCACAUCUUAUCUUGGUGACCUUUGAAAGAAAGGUUACCUCUACCAAAAAAGUGAGCAUUCCAGGCAUUCUGGUUCCUGAUAUAAUGGCUUUUGACCCCAAAACUCAAACUGUAUCAGUGGCCUCCAAUACUUGCAAUGUUAUUUUAGUCUAUUCACUGACUUCAUCGAACUUACCCAAUAUUCAACAAAUUCAGCUAGAGAAAAAUGAGAAGCCAAAGGGUCUGUGCUUCUUGACCAAUAAAUUGUUACUGAUACUGGUUGGAAGACAAAAAUUCACUGACCCUGCAUUCCUUCCCUCCUCAAGAUCAGACAAAUACAUGAUCCGAUUGAUGAUUAAGGAACUCAUCUUGGAAAUGGGUCCUUCGACAUCCGCGCCAGCGAACGUGAGUCCCACUUUGAACCUUUCCAACAUACCUCAUGAUCUCCCUGCAGAUGGUCACCCUCUCAGCCCUGGACUCUUGAUACCAGAUCGUGUUGCCAUUCAGUCCCCUACCAGCAGAAGGAAACUCAUUGAAGAAAUUAAGAGUCCUGUGUACGAGCAAAGUUCGUCGUUGAACAUGAGUGACCUCAAGGAUAGAAGGAUCUCCAUGAAUUGUUCUCCAGCUGCCGAGUCUCUCGGUGCUGAACCAGUUCAUCGGGCUGGGCCGCUCCCUGCCACACCACUGGCCUUUUCUAACAAGCCAACAUCUCCAAAAAGGCAGGCAGAUGCAGCUUUCAAAAUACCAAACUCUUACAAGAAUAACCUAUUCACUGAAAAGGAGACGAGUUACUUUUCAAAAAAUGUAGAAAAACUGACUGGUAACUUCACAGACCUGCAGCAUCAACUCCGUGAAUUAACUGAGCUGCUAAAAUCUAGGAAGAGAAGUAUUCCAGUGUACCCAUCUUUUCAGGAGCCCUCUUUUGUUAACAUCACCUGCCAGAAGCAGCUUUCCAGAAGUGAUUCAGAUGAAAGGAGAGCUGUUAUUCUUUGUGGUGGUAGACUCCAUCUCAACACAGUCCAGCAGAUAUUCAAUCUCUCCCUUGUAGAAAUGCAACAUGGUCCAUCCUGGAUUGUCCUCACAGCAGACAGCGAAGGCUUCAUCCCAUUGACAUUCGCACCCGCGCAGGAGGUGGUUGUAAGAGAUGCCAGCACCAGAGGCUACAGUGCCCGCUCCUCCAAAACGCUGGACAUCAUCAGCUCCACAGAAAGGUGCAGACCCACUUCUUCUGAAAGCCUGGAUAUCACGAGUUCUUUGGAAGUCCUCAGAGACUGCUCUUCCAAGACCUUAGACAGCAGCAGUCCUCCAGGACAAGCCCAGCAGUAA